GGCCGUCAAAACAAUGGCCAAGGCUAAGGCAGCUCCUACGUCGUCAAGCGGCGGUAAGGCCGCGAAGAAGAAGAAGUGGUCCAAGGGAAAGGUCAAGGACAAGGCGCAGCACGCCGUCAUCCUCGACAAGCCCACUUACGACCGCAUCAUGAAGGAGGUUCCGACCUUCCGAUUCAUUAGCCAGAGUAUCCUCAUCGAGCGAUUGAAGGUCAAUGGGAGCUUGGCUCGGGUAGCAAUCAGUCAUCUGGAGAAGGAGGGACAGAUCAAGCGGAUUGUGCACCACAGUGGCCAGUUGAUCUACACCCGGUCAACUAGCGGCUCAGAUUGAUUCGUUCGCCCUGUCGUUGCUUUCUACUCUCCUAUUGCAUGCAGCAUAUGUAUAUUCACCACAUAAAACAUGCCAAGCCAUGCCAUAUUGCACUGCCUGAGAUUCAGAUAAAGUCACGAUUACUACCCCCGUCGAAGCGAUGUGAGUGCUACGCAUUGUCAAUCUACCAUAUGCAGCUGUCGCAAUGCGUCCUGCGGUCU